AGCUUUCAGAAGUAUCAGUCUCCUCAACCUUCAAGACAAGCCUAGAAAUCCGUAAAUCCCACUCAAUCACUUUUUCCCUCCUAUAAAUAAUAAUCUCCGAUCGACCUCCGAAAGACAAGAGAACUUGCGAUUUCAGUGUCACAAUCCGAAGAUCAAAUAUUCGUCUAAAGUUUCAGUCAUGUCGAUCAUUCCAAGUUUCUUUACAGGCAGAAGGAGCAGCGUAUUCGAUCCCUUCUCCCUCGACAUCUGGGACCCUUUCCAGGGCUUUUCAAGUGUCCUCAACAACCUACCCGAAUCAUCACGCGAAACAGCAGCAAUCACCAACGCCAGAAUCGAUUGGAAGGAGACGCCGGAGGCGCACGUUUUCAAGGCGGACUUGCCUGGGCUGAAGAAAGAGGAGGUGAAGGUGGAGGUUGAAGAAGGAAGGGUGUUGCAGAUAAGCGGAGAGAGGAGCAAGGAACUUGAGGAGAAGAACGACAGGUGGCACAGGGUAGAGAGAAGCUCCGGGAAGUUCUUGAGGAGAUUCAGGCUGCCGGAAAAUGCAAAAAUGGAAGAGGUGAAAGCUAGCAUGGAGAACGGCGUGCUGACGGUGACUGUGCCCAAGGCAGAAGAGAAGAAGCCGGAAGUGAAGUCCAUCGACAUUGGUGGGUGAGUUUCAGGAGUGGCAAUGUGGUAAUUUGGUGUUAAACUGUUUGUUGUAAUAGUUAAGAAGUCUGAGUAUUUGAGUUGUUGGAUCGUUGUACUUGAAUAAGAUGAUCCAAUUUGAGUUCCUUUUGUGAAUGUAAUAAUACAUGAUGUGAUAUUGAAUUGUUUGUUUUAAUAAGGUUAUAAAGUCUUCUAUAA